AUGUCUUUUGCAGGAGAUCCCAUCAACUCAAAUGAACAUCGUAAAUGGACACCUCUGUCGAUCAGGUUGAUCAUAAAAACCAUCUCAUCCCGAAAUCCACUCGGAUUCUUCCAGAAGCGAUCGUGGUGGCAGCUACUUGGACUUUUUAUCGGCUUCCUCGGUAUUGUUGAAAUAAUCUUGGUCAUUACAGGAUUAACGAUGCUGCAAAAAACACAGCCAGACGUUCGUGUUGCAUUAAGACAAUAUAAACCUAUCUCUUAUAAGCAUCUCAGCACUCGGUUACCUCCAAAUCUUAAGCCAGGCACGACUGUUUAUCAUGUCACAAAGGAAUUCGGUCCUGCCACAAUGGGAGGUAUGGGACAAGUGCUGACAGCCAUGGCAUCCGCACAACAACGUACCGGAAGACUUGAUGUGUCGGUUAUUAUGCCCAUGUAUUCGUUUGUGAGAUCCAGGAACCGUGUCCGGCGUUUGGUUGAUUUGCGCGUAGAUAUCACUGACACCCGUGGACAAACGAAGCCUGUCGAAUUUUCGGUUUAUUUGAUGAAGUAUCCAGUUGUACCAAAUGCAACUCUUGAGAGUGAGGUUAUCAAUGUGUAUUUGAUUGGGCCAGGCAAACUUAGUCCACUCAACCGUGCUUUCCGGGCCAAAGCUCCGGUCGAAAUAUAUUCCUCGCCAAAAGAGUUACCCCAAGAGUGGAAGGACCAGUAUUUUUUAAAGGCAGUCGGACAACUCAUCUCACAUCUUACGACUGCAUAUGACGAACAGCCCUUGUUUGCGCCUUUUGGAAAAGCCCCUCAGGUCGACGUGGUUCAUUUACAUGGGGCAACGAAUGCAUAUCUGACACAGUAUCUACAGACACUUGCAGAGAAUGAUCAUCUUGGGUCCUUGCGACCGGCGGUUGUGUACACCAUGCACGACUAUUUGGAUGAGCUUCAGUACACUAACAAGGUAUCAAAUGUCCAGAGAUUCGGUCAGGUUGAUCCAGCAUAUGUCUAUGGGGACCAGAUGUUUAUGGCAAGUCUGGCCAUCGAAAAGGCAGAUGUGGUUACUUUUGUGAGCCGGAGUAUGGUUGCAGACAUGCUUGAGGGCAGACUGGAUUUCUAUCUAAAAGAACUUGUGAUGGAUUCUUUGCUGCGCAAGGCUAUGCAAGAUAGGUUCUUUGGUAUCAGCAACGGUGUUGACUUUACUAGACUCAACCCAUUCGAUCACCCACAGUUAGUCCGAGAGCAGCUUGCCUUCCCUCCAUAUGCGCGACUGCUCCUCAAGAAUGCCCAGCCAGAAUCUUCGCCUUUGCCUUGGAUGCUGUCGAAUUCCCCAGAAGAUAAUGCAAGUCUAGCAAAAGACAAGGUCAAACAAUUCUUAAUUGAAAAGGGCCAACUCAGCCCUGAAGACUUUACCCGGCCGCUGGUCCUGUUUGUCGGCAGAUUCCAAUACAACAAAGGGUUGGAGAUCUUUGAGGAGGCUGUACGAUUGUUUGUUGAGCACGACAUGAAGUUUGCGAUUAUUGGCCAGCCGAACAAUUACCCACUUUCUUGGAUCAAAGACCUGGCCAAGAAGAACCCAGAACACGUUGUGCUGAUGUCCUCGGCAAGUGCACAAUCCAAGUGGCUGACUUACUAUCGCGCUGCAGCCGACUUUGUGUUUGUGCCAAGCCUCACGGAAAGCUUUGGUCUGGUGGCGGUAGAGGGGUUGUCGUUUGGAGCGGCUGUGAUAUCGACAGGUGCAGGGGGCUUAAAAGAGUUUUUAGUGGACCGUCCACGCCAACCUGGUAAAUCUAUUUUGGUUGGUCAGACCAGCAAUGCUUAUCUAUUUGAACCCUCGACUCUGUCGGAUGCUAUCCAAGACGCGUCUGUGGCGUACAAAGAAUGGCAAGAAAGCCAGGCUCUGCGGGAGGUGCAUGUGUUACGGAUGAUGCAGAGUGCACUUUUACUUGGGUGGGAACAGGGUGAUCUCAAAGGACCAGUUUAUGAUUAUAUGCGUGCAUAUGCAAUAGCUUUGGCAGUUCGACACACAUCUCUGCUUUAAUCUUUACUUUGAAGAUUAAAUGAAGCUGCAUAUAACCCAUACAAAUACACGACCAUCUCUAUAUACAUAUACAUAUUUCACAAGCACACACAGACAUAUCUAAGCACAUGGCAGAAGUAAAGAUAGAAGCAGAGGCAGAAGCAGAGGCAGAGUCAAAGGCAAAGGCAGAGGCAGAGGCAGAGGCAGAGGCAAAAAGUAAAUCUCAAAAUCAAAAAGAAUUUCUAUCAAAUGAGUCUACUCGACUUGUUUAUUUAUUUAUUUACUUUAUACAUUUCUAUAAUUAUACAAAUACAAAGAUGAAAAUACUUUUUU